AUGUCGUUGAGAUCGAGGAACCUACAAUUUCAAAAUUUGGAUGUUUCAUUUCCAUCAGAACACAUUGUCCAAGUUACAAUUAACAGGCCCGAAAAAUUGAACUGCAUCGACAAAGCUACGAGCCGACAAAUUCAAGAUAUUUGGGAGCACUUUGACCAAGAUGAAAGUCUCUGGGUCGGGAUUAUCACCGGCUUUGGUAGAGCGUUUUGUACUGGGGCAGACCUGCAAGAGUGGAACAACAUGAACAAAGCAGGUGUCGUCAAUGACAUGAGUGCGCCGGGUCUUGCUGGAUUGCCGCGUCGAGCAGGCAAAAAGCCCAUUAUCGCUGCCGUAAAUGGCAUGUGCAUGGGAGGGGGUUUUGAGAUGGUCGCCAAUUGUGAUGUUGUGAUAGCUUGCUCGUCGGCGAUAUUCUCUCUUCCAGAGGUGAAGCGAGGGAUUGUACCUGUGGCCGGUUGCUUGCCACGGCUAACGCGCACCAUUGGACUGCAAAGAACCUCAGAACUCGUGCUGACGGGGAGGAGUGUGAGCGCUAAAACGCUUGAAGAAUGGGGCCUUGUCAAUCAAGUGGUCGAUACUGCUACCGAUGUCGCCCGGGUUGCCAUCGAGAUUGCACAAGAAAUGUGUAAAAACAGCCCCGAUGCGUUGAUCGUCGCCAGGCGUGGAAUUCGCUUAAGCUGGGAAGCAGGCAGCGUUGAGGACGCCGUGUCGACUCUAGCCGAAGAAUCAUACCCUCACUUGAUGCUAGGUUCAAACUUCGCCGAAGGAAUCCAGGCUUUUGUGGACAAACGGCUGCCGAGGUGGACAAAUUCAAAGCUGUAA